AGGCUAGGAGGGGUGAGGUAUAAUGUGUUUAUAACAGCCCCAGUGAAACAAUACAAUGAAGUAGGUCCGGAUUGACAGCUAAUGGGGGUAUCGGAAGGGUUACUCUGGAGGGUUUAAUCAGUGAUUAGUGAGUGAGUAGGGGGGGGGGGGACGUGACGCGGCGGACCUACUACUCACUACUCAGUGACUCAGUCAGUCAGUGUGUGUGUAGUGCUGUAGUGAGUGAGUAGUGCAGUAGUGGUAGUGCGAGGCGGUGUGUGAUGGCGGAGACGCCGUGGAACUCCUCGUAUCUUCUAGGAGAGGACGGCGUGCAAGGCUGGGGCACGCGCUACUUCUUCACCUUCUACAGCGAGUUCGGUCCCCGAGGCAGUGUAGCUACUGUCGAGGUGUUCGCCCUGGCAGUGAUGUUCGUACCCUCCGUGGUCGCCAACCUCGGCAUCGCCAGCGCCGUCCUCCGCUACCGGGAGAUGAGGACCGUCACCAACUGCUUCCUCCUCAACCUGUCCGUGGCCGACUGUCUGUUCGCCGCCGGUAUCCCCGCCGUGGCCCUGGCCAGGGUCUCGCCCCACUGGAGGCUCGGCGACCUGGUGUGCAGACUACUGCCGUACUCCCAGUUCGUGUGCGGGUUCGUGCUGCUGUGGACGCUUACCCUCAUCUCCAUGGACCGCCACCGCUGUAUCGUCGUGCCGCCCUACCGCUCUCGUCUCACCCCUAGGCUCGCUACCCUCCUCACCGCCGGGGUCUGGGCACUCGCCGCCGUGCUCUUCCUCCCAGUCGCCUUCUGGUUCCACCACGACGACUCUCUGCACAUCUGCACCCUCGUGUUUCCCCGAUCUGACUUCAUCAACCUGUCUAUAUGUUUCACCAUUCCCGUCAUAUUCUUCGCUUGCAUCCUCCCGAUGUCACUGUUGGUGUACCACUACCAGCGCAUCUUCCACAAGCUUCUCAAGACCCGGAAUAGGUGGGCCACUACUUCCAAUCUAUCGCCGGCCGAUUCAAGAGUGGAUAUGUCUAGGAAGAUAUCGCUGCAACACAUAGUGUACCCAGUGUCUCGCCUCCCCUCCCUCUCACACCACGAGGAGCUUCGUCUCAGCAAGCACAUCCGUGUGGUGCGGGUGUUGUUGCUGAACGUGCUGGUCGUGGUCAUCAUGUGGCUGCCGAUCACUGUAGUCAUGUUCCUCAUCUACGUGGACGGCCGACGCCCCACCGAGGACACAGACUUCUUCCUGAGGUCCCACCACUUCGUCUGGGCGCUCAUGAUCGCUUAUCUCAACACCGUAGUCAAUCCGAUCCUGUACGGGCUGCUGUCGGAGAACUUCCGCGCGUGCUUCUCGCGACUCUGGUUCAUGUCUAAGAGAAGAAAACGCGCUUGCAAAACCCUCGCCCAGGAGAACUCUAGAGUGCAGAGGACGCCUAGUUGUGGCAAGAGUCUCGACCUGAGCCAAACUAGUGAUAAGCGGCCUCGUCCGUGUUAUCAGCAGGGUAGUGACACUGUUGACGAUCCUCGACACCUCCCCACCACGGACCUAGCCACCCCCAGUGCCGCCCCCAGCGCCACCCCCAGUACCGCCCCCAGCGCCCCCACCGGGGAGGUUCUCAUCACGUGACACUCGUCCCUGCCCUUCAUCGACGACGAUUGUGAUGAAUAUUGUUCCUGAUAAGACUUACAAACUCCUUUACCAGGGUAACACGAUCUCACUGUGAUAGUUCGCCUCGGACUCAAGCGAUAUGUCUGUAAUAACCAAAGCAUUUACGCAAAUACAAUAUAGUUGGUGUUUUAGUAGGUAAGUAAAGUGCUAUCCACUUUUUGUUUUGAUUUAUAAAAAAUCCUCUUUAGAGACGCUUAAUGUUUGUAAAUAACCGGAUACAAUUAAUAGAACAUGCAAAAACAUAACGAUUAGAACUAAAAUGCAUUCAUCGCUAGAUAUUAACAUACUGACAGUUCGUGAUGAAUUAAUUGCUUAGCCAUUUACAUGGUUUUGAUUAUCAAUCAAUGUCAAUAUUAGAACCAAGCAGUAUGGGUUACAACAAUUUACAAAUUAGAAUGGUAUUGAUAUUUUGGUAGAAUGGUAUUUAUAGAAGUUAAAACCAUAGACUAGGUCUAGAUCAGUUUAAGUAUUCAAAAACACAAUAAUAUUUGAUAAGACGAUUCUGUAUACAUGUUUAAUCAUGCUGGAACGCAAACCAAGUGAUAUCUGCAAACUUGGUUUCCGGCGCAAAACCACCGACUGACUGAUAAUGCGACCGGUAGAUAAAAUACUUGAUUUAUUUCCUGCUGCCUCAGAAAUAUCUGCAAAACUCGAACUUUACCGUCAGUGUCUGUAAUAAUUUCUAGCUAAACUUAUAUAGGUGUAAGUGUUUUUAAGAGGUUGAACGAAUAAACUUAACAAAUCAACCAAUGUUUAGCUUAUAGCAGCAUUUACUCUACUGAAAACUCUACUGAAAAUAAAAUAUUAUUACAAUGUUUUAUAAAAACUUGUGGCUGAUACAGGGUGAAAUUAUUGUGUCAUGGUUAAAGCAAAUAAGGAAACAAAUUAAAGAGUUUGUUUGAUUUUUAUAUAAAAAUUAUUUUAUCUCAAAACGUUUUUAAUUCUUAAUAACCAUACAAUAUAACAUGGCAUUACACAAUUUGAUCUUAAUAAGUUAGGACUGCAAUAAUAGUGACGUGGUAAUAAUAUGAAUUUAAGAUUAGGACUUCCUUAACAUUAGUGCGUUUUUCUUAAGAGUUAGUUAUGUUUAUAAGAUUUUUUACAUGUGUAUAGUUUAGUUAGCUUAAAGAUCAAAUUUUUAGAACGUUACUGUCAAAGAAUGUUUAAUUGUUAUUAAGUACACGCUCUGAUAUUUUUCUUCUCAUGUAUAUGUAACAAAAUCAGUAGUUGAAUAAUGUAGCUAUAAUAUUGUAAGAAAAUCGUUUUAUGGUUUGUAUUUAUUUAGAAAAUAGAUUAGUUUAUACUGUUUAGGUAAAACACUGUACAAAGUUGAAUCUCUUAUCUACCAAAAAAUUAUUUUUAUGUUAAUAAAGACAUUUAUGAAAAACUUAAA